AAAUAAUAAUAAUAAUAAUAAUAAAUGAGUAUGCUAUUUUAUAAAAAUAGUGUAUUUUGUUUCCCGGGAAAAUCAAAAUCCAAAUCAACAUGGUGACCAAGUUCCACAUUCUCAAAGCUCACACUCUUCCUCUCUUCACUCUCUUACCCCGAACACUUUCCUUUUCAAAACUCCCAAACUUCUCUGUAUCUUCCAUCAGUUUUACCACCCAAAUCCAUGCCCAUAACCAAUCUUCAGACCCUGAGCUCUCUUACGGACCCUCCCUUCGCAAGGGCACCCUACCCCCAACACCCAUUUCCCAAACUUCCCUCAGAACCUUUACUAAGGAAGAUGAUGAUGGUGGGGAAUACAAUGAUGAUUAUGCAUUCAACGAGGAAAGCUUCUCAAGGGUUUUCGAUAUCGCGGCGAUUCGAGUCUCUUCCAAGGAUUGUUUCAUUCUCGAGAACCGACUUCGAGGCCACCUCUUGAACUGGCCUCGAAUCCGAAACAUUGCCAGAGUCCCGGGCGACGACUUUGACGACGAGGAGGUGAAGAAGCUUGUGGGUACCCCAAGCAACGAAGAUUCUCUAGUUUCGCUGGACAGGCGUAUGCAUGGGAAAGCCGAGGGCGAUGGCGAGCCGUUGAGCCCAGUUCUGCACAGGGAAAAGCUUGUGAAGACAUUUGACUCUGUUGGGUUUGUGAAUUUUCGAAACCUUGCUAAGAUGACGAGGCCGAGUUCGAGGAAGAAGAAAAUGGUUGAUGAUGAAGAGAGGAGUGGAGGGAAGAAUAAGGAUAAGGUCGGAAGGAAGGGCUUCUCUGUUGUAGAGGUUGUUGAGGAUGGGUUAAUGGAAGGACAGGAUUUGAAGGGUUUACUGGGAGAGGGUUUCCAUUGCAGGAAAUGGAGAGGGCCAACGAGAUUAUUGCUCUUGGACGAGAGGUAUUCGAAGAAAUGCGCAGAAGAGUUGCCUGAAGCAAUUAAGGUUGUAUUGAAGGAAACUAUCAUGGAUGAUAGAAGAUCAGACUUUGAGCUUGUUAGAUGCAGGCUGACUUUGUUCUAUGACUACUGGCAGAUGGAUGAGAUUUUGGAGGCUAUGCUGCCCAAUGAUAUUAUUAUUCCUUCCGCAUUUGAAACAGUUGGACAUGUUGCACACCUUAACCUGAGAGACGAGCUUCUACCCUACAAAAAGCUUAUAGGAAAGGUAAUUUUGGAUAAAAAUAAGCCAAAGAUUCAAACAGUUGUCAAUAAGAUUGAUUCCAUUCAGAAUGACUACAGAACAAUGCAGCUUGAGGUUUUAGCUGGAAACCACUCCCUGGUGACUACAGUAGUUGAGAAUGGAUUGCAGUUUCAAGUUGAUUUAUCAACAGUGUAUUGGAACUCAAGGCUUGCAACUGAACGACAAAGGCUUUUAAAUGGAUUUACACGAAAAGAUGUUGUUUGUGAUGUUUUCUCUGGGGUUGGUCCAAUAGCCAUAUCAGCAGCCAAGAUUGUAAAAAGAGUAUAUGCUAAUGAUUUGAAUCCCCAAGCGAUCGAGUAUUUGGAAAGAAAUUGUGUGCUCAACAAACUUGAAAAGAAGAUAAGAGUUUUCAACAUGGAUGGAAGGAGGUUCAUAGUCUCUUUGUUUACAAGUGAGAAGGCUCCUUCAAUAACACAAGUAGUAAUGAACUUGCCUAAUGACGCUGUGGAGUUUCUAGAUGCAUUUCGGGGAAUCUUAAGAGGUAGAACCAAAGAGGAAGAAUAUCCCCUGCCGUUAAUUCAUGUUUACGGAUUCUCUAAAGCUCGAGAUCCUGAGUUUGACUUUCAUGAGAGAAUAAGAAUUGCACUAACUGAAGUAGCAGUUGACGUGGAAAUGCGAAGGGUCCGCCUAGUUGCUCCUGGAAAAUGGAUGCUAUGUGCCUCAUUUAUUCUCCCCAAGAGUGUAGCUUUCGGGAAACCCAUCCUAGAGUUGUAAUUAUAUGUAUAGACUAUAGUCUUAGAGCUAAGUUGGAUUUAUGGAUCUUAAAUUUUGUAUGUUGAUUCUGAUCAAAUCGAUCUUCGUAAUUGCAUAAACACAAUUUAAUACACAAGACCAAUUAGUGCCCCG